AAUAAAAGAUAAUAACAAUUUUAUUUUCAGAUAUGGGUACAAUUACUAGUUACAACCGAACACCACAACUACCAUGUAUUUCAUCGAUCUUGAUAUACGCACAGUGUCAAAAUAUUUUAACAAACAAGCAAUUACGCAUGAAUUUGAAUCCUAUAUCGAUCAAAUUGGAACAGUUAUCGAAUUUCCCGGCCAAUAUAGUGAUUGAAAACGGUUUCAAGUGUAUAUAUAUGAAAAUUCUUUUCGUAGAUCAUACGAUUGUCACACCAUGCUAUAUUCCAAAUAGAAUCAUGUAUUUCGAAUUUGUUAAGUGCUUCCUCUGUGAGGAAUUUCAACCGAAAGAAUUGGUUAAUUUUCUUACAACAAAAUUUCUUACUGUCCAGGUAAUUGGCGUACGAAUUAUUGAACCCUCAAUUUCUGACCGACCUGACCAUGAUAAAUCGGUAUCAAAAUCAUCUAAAGCAGUCACGAAAGAGGAAUUUUUACUAGGAAUUGCUAAAUUUGAUGUAUCUGAUCUUUUGAGAGGAUUUUGGGAAGUAAAAUUGACAAAUGACUUGAUUCAUCCUUGCAACAUAUUUGCUACCAAUAUUGACUAUACAGAUGAUGAGAGAAAGAAAAUUUUGUGGAAGAAUUCACCUCUUACUUCAGAUACUUUUACAUCGUACAGUACAUCGAUGAAAAUUAAAAUUCGUGCAACGUGUGAUUUGCGAAUAAUUCAAAAGAAGAUCAUUCGACAUGAAAAUAUAUUCAACAGAAUAUUUUUCAAUUUGAACGAUUUGAAAUUAGCUAAUGACAUUUUGAAAGAUGUAUCUCUUCAUAAUUCCAACUUACUGACCAUUUACGAAUCUUCAAUAGAAGACAAUAAUUUAAAAGUAAAAUUUUGAAGUAUAAUUGUAGUUUGAUUUUCUUACCACUCUUUAUAUAUUCUUCUAUUGUCAUACAUACUUAUCAGUUUUAGUUAGUUGAUAUGAUUUUUUGAUGUUAUUUAUGAUACAGACACAGGGUAUGUUGAAGCAUAUUUUAACGGGUUUCGCUAUAGAAAAUUGUGAAAAAUCCUACAUUUUUUUGGAAGGCUUGUCAAACGGAUACUUGUUAAAAAUUUGGGAAAAGGUAAAGAAACUCCCAAUUCAACAUAAAUGCAUUUAUUAUAAUAGCAGUUAUGUAUUUUUUACACGACUUUAUGAAGAUUUCAUACUUUUAGGCGGAAUUAUUCAUAUUAAA